AAUAGUUCGUGAGCCAAAACGUAUUAACAUAUUCCGCGUCGUGGCAUUGAUCACAACGCCUUCAAUACUUGUGCAGCCACAAACGGCAACGAACGUGUGAAAAUCGCACUGUAAUUGCGCAUUCUGGCUGGCAACGUCACUGAAAACAUUAUGACGCAAUGGCAGGCAAUACCACAGCUGGCGCUCCUUAAGAUUUUCGAUUAUCUUGACCCAACUGCACGGUUUGCAGCCUCAUCUACCUGCUCCCAGUGGCGUUCAUGUCUCUUCCGAAAACGCUACUUUGAAAACUUUCCAUUUCACAUAAAUGUCGCCAACGAUGCUCAAUUAUCGUUCUUCCGUCUGCGCAUCUCGGGUGUGGCCAAGGAGAUUGUCAUUGAAUUUGAUUUUCGAAAUGUUGCGCACAUUCAAAAAAUGCGGCGAUUGCUUUACAAAGUGGCGCGCUGUGAUAACAUUCGAGGAUUGCGUUUCAAAACACACAAUGUUGGCCUUGUAGCUGUUGGCGAUGUGCACAACGAGCAACAGAUCGAUAUAGAACAAUGCUUUGUCGAGCCACUGAAGCUGUUUCUCAGUCGCCGACAAAUGCCUUGCCAGCUGUUGGAUUUGGGUGCCAUUGAAGCGUUAACCUAUUAUGGCCUGGACUUUUUGAAAGCUCUAGGUAAGCCGCAGGAGCUGCAGGAACUCACACUGGCCUCCAUCAAAUACGAUCCUAGUCACUAUCCCAUACUUGCCAUGGAUACAACGCUGCUCCAGAAAUGUGCUGGGCUCCAGGUGCUCUCAUUGGACUAUGAUACGCUCAGUGAUGAGCUGUUACAUACGAUUCAGGUGCUGCCAUUGCGCAAAUUGCUAAUAGCUGUCCAUGGUCUGGAUGGCGAACACGAUGGCGUCUCGGAGCAAGCGUGGGCCAACUUCGCCUGGCAUUUCCGGGGCAUUGAAGUGAUAUUAACACUGGUCUAUGCCCUCGAGGCCAUCGAGCAGCUUCAGUUCAGGAUAUUGCGUCGCAACAUGCCCCUAACGCAUGUGCGCAUGCUCUUCUGUGAUUACAUGAAUCUAGACGCCUUGGAAUGGAUGUCGGUGCACAAUAGUGAGACUUUGCGCAGCAUCUACUACGUCGACUCCACAAGCAAUCAUUCCAGCCGCACACAUAUGCGCGACAUGACUCGCAGCAUUGGUCGCGACCCGUUCGUCAUGAUGACUUGGCGUUGUGCACAACUGCGAGAAAUAGUUGUCCAUGGCUAUAUUAUGGAUCCGCACAAUGUGGUGGGCAUGGCGCGACUACGGGGUCGUCAGCUAGAGCGUUUGGAGGUGUCCUUAGUGGAUAUGUCCGGAUGGAACGAGCAGGGAUUUAAGGAGGAGAUCAGCACACAGUUGGGCAGACAAUGGUCGCCCAUCGACUUGGACGAUCUGCAUCCUGCACUGGGCUGUGAUCUAUUUUUCGAAGAGAAGCGCGAUAAGUUCGUUUACGAGCUAAUGCGACAAGAUCUGAGCAAUUGAUAAGCAAAUCUCCACUAAACUAAGCUAUAAAGUAUGCAACAACAGCAACAACAAACACACAAACAAAAGAACUACCAAAAACAACAACAACAAAAUAUGUUAGCAAGCAAAGUCAUGGUACAACAAGUGCAACAAACGCUAAAGCAUUAGCGACCACAACAAAAACAACAACAAAACAUGACACGUGAUCAAAUCCAGCGCAAUAGAAAUUUGCGGUCUCAUGCAUUAUCCAUGUAUGUGUAUCCAGGAUAUGUAGGACUAAACAAAAUUAACGCACUAAGCGAAAUCGUAAACUUUGCCUCUUUAAGAAUCAUUUGUCGUUAAGUUAUCGAACUUUCUAUAUACAUAUACCUAAACCAUAGCGAAACAGGAAGCAAACGCUUAUGAUAUUGGCAAAAAACAUUUUUAUAGUUAAUAAUUCUUUAACAUGAAAAUAAUCAAAUGAAAUUUAUGAAUAAUUAUUUACAAUUUUUGUUAAGUUAAGUAAAAAGAAAAACAGGAGAUGGAAAGGAACAACAUUUUAAGAGCAAAGCAAAAGACUUAAGCACUUCACAAAUUUAUCUAAGCUGAACAAAAUAUUGUAUGUAGGGCAUGAAACGAAACGUUUGUUGAUAUUGUGAAACCUGCUAUAAAAAAAAAACAGAAAACAAAAAAUCAGCAACAACAGCAACUGAGAAAACAUCAUUUUAUAAGCAACAACAACUGUGAUUCAAAGCAACAACACAAUGCAAGCAAGCAAGCGAGCCAGUAUGUGCGAGCAACAACAAAUGCAUAACAAAUAACAUCAACAAAUUGUUAAGAAAUUGUCUAGUUAGCUAAGUUAAAUGUUUGAUUAAAAUCAUUGAAACAAAACAAAACGAAACAUAAAAAUAUAACAAUUGACGAGGGUUAAGAAGAGAAAGGAGUGUUGUUUGAAAAUCAAAGAGCGCAGCAGCGUUUAUAGUUUAAUUAUAAGCCACGACCAAGCGAGCUAUACAACAACAAAAACAACAACAAAGAACUAGCUAAAUAUAUGCUCAACAAUUGGCACAAAACACUUAAAAACUACAAACUGUUAACUUUUAUGUAAUGUAUCGAAUGUAAAACGCCUGCAAGAACUUAGCGCCUUAUUGUGAUAUAUAUUUGUAAAUUGUGUAACAAACAUACACGAUGUCGAUGUCAAACAACAACAACAAAUGUAAUACCACACACACACACACUCAGCAAACGAGGAAACGAUAUUUUAAAGUAUCGAGUUAGAUCAGUCAAGUUCAAAUGGUCGAACUUAAAAUGCGAAUGGGUCUAAUCUGAAUCUUUUUAGAAUCAAGUUUUUUUUUUAAUACAAUUUUUGUCGGGCAGUCAAGUAACAAUUUUUAAAAACAUCGCC